AUGUUGGGACAAAAGAGACAGUUGGAUAUUGGCAUUGAUACGGAUGGCAUUAACCAAGAGCAGUUGAUCAAGAAGUACAAGACAGAUGGCAAUAGCAAGAGUAGCAGUUUAAUCAAGAAGUUGGCAACCAAACCAGUUGUACCAUUCACAAUUGAUAGUGAGACUAUAUCGAUAACAUCAUUCAAUGGCAAGAGAGUUUAUACAAAGUUCAAUAAGAGACAUGAUGAUGGUAGUGCGAAUGGUGUAGCUGAUGAUGAUGACUUUGACUACGACCAUAACAAACAUUAUUAUGACGAGGACAGUAUAAGGAAGAGGAUCGAGCUGAAUCGCGUGGAGGGCAAGCUACUCAAACAAUCAAUUGAAGAUCUCAAGAAUGAGAUCGAUGACCUCGAGACCAAGCGAUUGAUCGAGCUCCAGCAUCAGCAACAACUGGAACUCAAACAACAGCAACAGAGUACCACUGCAGCUGUCGCCACAUCUGGUACACAACAGCGCAUUGACAACAGACUAUGGGUGGACAAGUACGCGCCCACCUCCUUCCACGAGUUGCUCUCCGAUGAUAAAAUGAACAAGGACAUACUGACAUGGCUGAAACUUUGGGAUCAUAGCGUGUUUGGAAAGCCAUUACCAACAAAGUUGAUGGCCGAGAAGAAGGCUGCCAACAAUAGUAACACUCACUUCUUUCAACAGAAGUCAAGGUUUGGCUCGUCGAAUAUGUCUGGCGGAUCGGCUGCCACCUCUAAUCAGGGUGGCGCGCCCGGACUCGACGGCAACAACCUUCCACAACACAAGAUCAUACUUCUUACAGGUGGACCUGGCCUGGGCAAGACCACACUCGCUCAUAUCUUGGCCAAACAAGCUGGCUACAACCCAGUUGAGAUCAACGCAAGUGACGACCGUUCAGGAGACAAGUUCGAGACCAAGUUCUUGUCGGCGCUCGAGAUGAAGUCUGUGUUCAUGGACAAGAGGCCAAACUGUUUGAUCAUCGAUGAGAUUGAUGGUAUAUCUGGCAGGGACAAUGGUCCAAUCGAACUAAUAUUGCGAUUGUUGGCCAACAGCAAGAAGUCUGGUGCUGCAGCAGCCGCCAAGAAGGCAGGCAAAGAUGAAGACGAGGAUGACGGCGGAGAUAAUGGCGACGACGAGGAGAACUCGCUAGACAAGUCCAAGUCCAAGUCCACAAAGAAGAGCGGCAGCAGCAAGUCGGGCUCAUCGUCCCGCAUUAACAGACCAAUCAUAUGUAUCUGUAACGAUCAGUUCGUGCCAUCGUUGAGGAAGCUUAGACAGGAGGCACUGCUGUUCGCCUUUGCCAAGCCCAAGUCCACAAGACUGAUGUCGCGUCUCAAGGAGAUCUGCCAGAAGGAGGAGUUGAAGGCCGAUGACUCGGCACUGCACCAGCUGGUCAACAUGACCGGCCACGAUAUCCGUUCAUGUUUGAACUCACUGCAGUUCAUCAAGACCAGGACCGCCGUUCUCAACUCCACCGUACUCAAAGAGAAGAGCAUGGACAAUGUGAUUGGCCAGAAAGACAUGGAGCGCGGUCUGUUUGAUCUUUGGAAGGGAGUGUUCCAAGGUGUCAGUCAAUCAUCCACCACAAACAAUCAGAUAGAAUCACACAACUUCCAGAGUCUGGAGAAUGAGAUCACAUCAUGUACCCAGUUUGACAAGUUGCUGGAAGGUCUCUACGAGAACUACCCGGCCAACAUGACGAAUGACUACACCAUGGAUCGAACUGUUGAGUGUCUCGAUUGGUUCAUUUACUCGGACUCCACCAAUGAUGACAGGUACAAGUCAUUGGCCCCACUGGCCAUUCAUAAGAAGUGCUCCAACGUGGCACCAAAGUUGACAUAUCCUCACAGCGACUACGAUUGCUACGUCCAGCAGAAGAACACCGCCAACACAAUCGAUUCAUUUCUGUUGUCUGAGAUGGUGUCGCCACACAUCUAUCACUCACUUCACCGAUCGGCCUUUGUCCGUGACUUUAUCUCACACUUUAUCGAUAUCAUCUCCAUUCCAAUCAGGACCGUCAAUCCACAUCUCUACAAUCAGAAGGAGAAGUCAUCAUUGAACAACCUGAUUCGCAUCAUGAAGUAUUACAACAUCAGCUACACACUCGAGACCUCAUCCACCGACUCUACCCUGCAAUAUGUACUUAACCCACCAAUCGACACUGUUAUCCAGAUGGUCAAGCCUGAUCCAACAGCAUCAACGAAGCGAACAGCUGUAUCCAAACAUGUCCAGUUGACAAAUGCACAGAAGCAGAUAAUAUCACUGGCAGUUGUACAAUAUAGAGAGAAGAAUGAUGAGACUUUGAUGGCUGCUCCAGCUCCAGCCACACCUGCAAAGACAAGUGCCCCUGCUCAGUCAGCCAAGUCACUGGCCACACCAAACAAGAAGGAUGAGUCGUCCAAUCAAUCACCAUUCAAAGUUCCAACACCGCCAAGUACGCCCAAGCCUGUCGCCACUGCGCCAGUGCUGUUGGACUUCUUUGGAAGACCGAUACAACUAUCACCCGAGCAACAGACACAAAAGACAGAGAGGGAAGCGCCAAGGAUAAGGUAUAGGUAUCAAGAAGGAUUCACCAAUGCAGUCAAGAAGAGUGUUUAUAUCAAGGACUUCUUAUAA